ACACCUGUCACCGUACAAAUGAUUGAGGCAUCGCAACGAAAAUAGCAAAAAAUACACAAAAUAGAUGUUCUUGUACCUUCUGAACGUACUUCAGAUGUUUGUUAUAUUUAUUCGCCUUUGUUAAAUGUUGUACAGCGAGCUGUUGACGAACCUGUAGCACGAAUCGUUUCCGUGCAGGCUAGUCUUUCCAAAACAAGCGGGGCACAGGAAGAUGCUUCCGGCCACGGGAUUGUUUCGGACCAUUAAUUGUCCCUUCUACGAGAAGGAUCUCUGUCCGAGACCUUACUGCCACUUCAAACACGCAAAAACAGUACCACCCACUGUUGUGAAAUACAGUGCAACCCCGAAAAGCCUUCUGAACCAAACUGGAGUACCGGACCAGUCGGAUGGAGGUGAAACAAUCGCACGCAAGAAACCUAAGCUUGAAUACAUACCCGUAUCUAGUGUUGCGCCAAAGUAUGUACCGUCCAGUGUUGCUAAAUUGCAAACCACCAAAACGAAUGGUGAAAAAGUUACGGAUAGCGAAGCUUCCGAAACCAACGAUCAAUCCACCGCUGCAUCAGAUAAAAACCACUCGCAGGAAGAAACAAAUACUUCCGAUGCAGUACCGCCGGAAGAAACAGAAAACACUGAAUCGAUUGCAGAGCAAAAUGCUGCGCAUAAAAAGAAGCACGAGAAUGGUGUGUCCACCGUGGAAAAAAAGCCUACAGAGGAAAGUAAACAUCACAGCUCAUCGAAGAACAGUCACACUUCGACCGGUGAUUCUGACCGAAGAAAAGAAUCAUCUAGCCGGCAUAGUUCUAGCUCACGCUCCAAGUCCUCAUCGCAUGACAAAAAACAUCGAUCAUCCGAAUCAUCUAGUAAAGAAAAGGCUAGCAACACAAGUUCUAGUAGUAACAGUAAAAGCAAACACCGAGAUAAAGAACGCGAAAGCUCCAAAAGUCACUCCUCGUCGAAGCACUCCUCGGAGCGUGACCGUCACCGAAGUUCGUCGGAGAAGAAGGAUCGGUCGCACAGUAAAAGUAGUUCAUCAAAAAGCACCAGUACCAGCAGUAGCAGUAGUAGUAGUAAAAUCAAAAACAAAAAUAGUAACAGCAGUAGUAAUGGUAGCAAUAAUAGCAGCAAGAAAAAGGAACACAAAUCAUCAUCCACUUCCUCGGCGACUAAGUCGUCCAGCAAAGGGUCGGAUGUUUCGGAAAAAUCAGCUGCACCGGAGCCAAAAUCCACCCAACCAUUGGAGGACGAAAUCUACCAAGAACUGAUAAACAAUCCACCAAGCGACAUCGAUUUCGAUAGCGACGACGAUGUGAUGCAGCAGUGUAAAAUGAUAUUCGAAGAGUACGAACCGGACGUACCCAAAGCGGAAAGGACUGAGACCACCAAAUCGAAUGGACAGGUCGAUUUGAUAGAUAAGAUUGCUGAUAAAUAUUAUGACGAUAAUCGGAAGAAACGAGUCGCGUAUGAGAAUGCUACCACGUCCAAGCUAACGCCGGUGGUAAAAAAGAAAACCAAUCACGUGCAAAACGCUAUCAAAUCGGUGUAUUUACGGCAGGAGAUCGUGCGAAAGCAACAAGAAGAGUUGGCAGCGCGGAAACGGGCGGAGGAAGAAGUUAAACGACAAAUCGAGGAGGAAACUCGUAAAGCAAUGCCAAAACCCGCCACCAUGUCGGUACCCAUCAAUGGAUCGUCCGUUCCAUCGAUCAGUGCAAAUAACUUCCGCAACAUAUCUCCUGAAACCAGUCUUGGAACUCCAAAAAGUCGCUUUACACCCGCCGUCAACGUGCUUGCCUUCCAGAAGGCGAAGGAAAAGAUCGAACAACUGAAACGCAAUCAAUCCGCAUUCACGCCUGCACAAACCGCACCGAAAACAGGUUCGCGUGUUGCCCACGCCGGUUCGGUGCUAGCGUCUAAAGCGGCUGCUACACCAGCUGCCCAAGCACCUCCAAUACUGGAACCAACGUCGAGCAAAAUAUCGUACAACAUACGGAUGCAGUAUUAUGGUUUGAUGGUCAAACACUGUCUAAACAUUUAUCCAACCUGUGAGGAUGCCUGGGAGCGUGCACAAACGGAGGAGCUGGCAGUGAUGAAGAAGUGUAGUACGGCAAUGAUCUAUAAAAGCAGCGCACUGCUUACAAUAAACAAACUUCGCAAGGAAGCAGUCGAAACGGGUAGCGAAGCAACGGACAAAAACAAAACAGUUUCGCACGACGUCAUACUGGCGGGGAAAAUGGUUCACAAUAUUUCGUGGAGUGUAAAUAAGAAAUUAAAAACGGAAGUUAAAACAUCUGCCUACACGAUCGACAAUGCACCGGGUGCUGUAGCCUACAAGAUGAUACACGAGUGCAAAUUAACCGAGGAACAGCUCCGUUCGAACGGAUUUCCCCGUGCUACCGAUGUGGCGGGAAAAGCAAAAAUUCACAAACCCAAACCAUCUCGGCCACCGAACGAAAACGAACGCUACUGUUCCCGUUGCUCGAAGGUGUACAACCUUGAAGCGUACGAUGAACCACAGGUAGACGCGUGUAACUACCACCCAAAGAGUACCUGCUAUCGGCGCGGGUUUGCCGACAAUCUACACAACUGCUGUCAACAACCGUCCGGUACACCGGGCUGUAUGUAUGCAAACUACCACGUGUCAUGCUUCAUGGACUACGACGAUCUAACUGGAUUUGUGAAAACGAUCGAACCCGCGGAAGAUUAUCAACUCACGAAAAAGGAUGUGUUUGCGCUGGAUUGUGAAAUGUGUUACACUACGGCCGGAUUGGAGUUGACCCGUGUAACUGUGGUCGAUAUUAACGAAAAAACCGUUUACGAUACGCUGGUAAAACCUUCCAAUCGAGUCGUUGAUUACAAUACUAGGUUUUCUGGCAUUACGGAAGAGAUGUUGCGAAAAACUACCACCACGCUGUAUAACGUGCAAGCCGUACUGCUGUCCAUGUUUAACUCAGAAACCAUUCUCAUUGGGCACAGUUUGGAAAGUGAUUUUAAAGCGCUGAAGUUGAUCCACGACGUCGUCGUCGAUACGUCUGUGCUGUACCCGCACAAGAUGGGUCCACCGAAGAAGCGUGCACUCAAAACAUUAUGCAUAGAAAAUUUAAAGAAAAUUAUACAAGAAAAUGAUGAUGGACAUGACAGUGCGGAAGAUGCUGUUGUCUGCAUUCAACUCAUCAAACACUACCUACGCAAUCGCAUUCUGUGAUUCCAAAUUAAAAUCCCCGACCACAGAAGCAAUAGUGUGCGCGUGUCUGUGGGCAUGUGCUAAAUGAAAUCGAACCUGUCGGCCUAUAACCUCGGCUCGGGGACAAUCGAUCGACUGCUCGCAUGCACCACUGCUGGAUCAUCUAUAUUUAUUUAUCACGCUUUUUUGAUACUGUACAACUUUGAGUUCAUAAACGCAAUUGAACUAUCAAUAAAUUAUUGUCAACCCA